AUGGCCUCCACUGCUGUAGCCCUUAGUAAGGGGGCGUUGAUCAUCGCCGUGUGCUUCGUGCUGCUCUAUUCCUCGAUGGGGCAGCAGCCAACCGCGUCAGCACCGGCGCCGGCGCCGCUCGAUUGCUCGAACUGCACCGCAAAUUGCACCAAGAGGUGCCAGGCCAUGGUCGACUCUCAAAUCAGUUAUUGCAACACCUCGGUUGGUCCCUCUGUCUACGACGGCUGCUUUCAGGCCGUCGCCUCACAAACCUGCGACAGCAACUCCUACGUCGCCCGUGGUACCUGCACCAUCGACACCUGCACCCCUAAUCUGUGCGGCAGCCCCUGUGUCCGGAGCUGCUGCGACUCCUGCACUGCCACUGCUCACAUGAUCGUCUCCAGCUGCAUCAUGUCCGUGAGCAGGAUCAUGGAGUUCUGCAUGCCGGACUGCGCCAACAACUGCCAAGAGUUCGGCUACUGCGUCAGCGGCUAG